GCUACUCACACCGCAUACGCUCCUUCAUAAAAGCCGGCCAACCAUCACCGUUUAUCUCUGAAGGGAAAUUUUAGUUGACACAGAGCGAUGAGUGAAGAGCUGAGGAGGGAGUACGAGAUCGGAGCACAGAUCGGACGGGGGAGGUUCGGCACCGUAUACCGGUGCGUCUCGGCGGAGACCGGCGAGGAGUUCGCCGUGAAGUCCAUCGAGAAGGCCCUCCUCGCCGACAUCAUUGACCGUGAGUGCGUCGAGCGGGAAGCCAAGAUCGCACAGCACGCCGCCGCCGGGAACCCGCGCGCCGUCCAGGUGCAAGACGUGUACGAGGACGAGGAGUGGCUCCACGUGGUGAUGGAGCUGUGCCCGGGGCCGGACCUCUUCGAUCGGAUCAGCGGGCGGGGUGAGCCGCUGUCGGAGGCGGAGGCAGCGGUGGUGAUGGCGCAGCUGAUGGAGGCGGUGGCGGUGUGCCAUCAGCGGGGGGUGGCGCACCGGGACAUCAAGCCCGACAACGUGCUUUUCGACCGGGUUGGGCUGAAGCUGGCGGACUUCGGGUCGGCGGAGUGCUUCGGGGACGGGCGGCCGAUGCGGGGGCUGGUGGGGACGCCAUACUAUGUGGCGCCAGAGGUGGUGGCCGGGAGGGACUACGACGAGAAGGUGGAUGUCUGGAGCGCUGGCGUCGUUCUCUACAUAAUGCUCUCCGGGAUGCCGCCCUUCUACGGCGACACGGCGGUGGAGAUCUUCGAGAAGGUGCUCCGGGCCAACCUCCGGUUUCCCACUCGGAUCUUCCGCACCGUCUCUCCGGCGGCCAAGGAUCUCCUCCGCCGGAUGCUCUGCAAGGACGUAUCGCGAAGGUUCUCGGCGGAGCAAGUCCUCGGGCAUCCGUGGAUAACCAGUGGCGGGGGACUGAGACCAGCAGAAGAGGAGGCAAACUAGAAAGAAGAUUAAAAGAGGUUGAGAUCGGGCUUCGCGUACAAAUAUACUGUGAAUACCAUCGCCGUAUAUAAAUGUGCCCUUUUUUGUUCAUUUUUCAGAAGGGAUUCCGGAGCUUGAGGUCUUCAUGUGAGAUAAAGAUGGGAUUUUUUCUGAUCUUUUCGAUCUCCUUAACGUUCGAGUGUACAUAUUUUUUUUUUCCUAAAGAAAGGAAUAAAGUCGAGUAUCUGCAAUUUUUCUUUUUUUUUUUGGGGGGGGGAAGCGCUGCGUGGUAUACUGCUAUUGUGUCAUAUAAAGAGAGAUCCAAGUUUAUGGAAUUUGCUUUUGCUCUUAUUUUCGUGAAAGGCUUCUUUGUUGGAAUGUUCUUGAUUUCGCUUGUUGUGGGGCCUUCCAACGGACAGACUGAGGGAGUGGAAUGGCAUAUUCGGUGGUUUAUGCUAUCCUUCCUCUCUCUCUCUCUCUCUUUUUGUCUCACUGUUGCUCGACGGCGUGCAUUUUCCUAGCAGAAACCUGAUAGUUUGACCGGCCUGCCUGAGAGAUAGGCGUGGCUGCUUAUUCUCCCUCCAUCACUUAUGUGGAUCAUGUAUUCUUUCUAAAUUCUUCAAGAACGGUAUAAAAAAAUUGCUAAUUCGUGCAAC